UCACGCACUCAACAACCAAUGGGAAUUGUGACUUUUUCCAACAAUUAAGUAAAACUACAUAAACAGCCAAAUCUCACUGCAAGAGAAUCUCAUGGCUUAUAAAAGGUGGGACAAAUCGUUUCCCCAGUAGAUCUCAUCUAGUUGAUUCAAGAACUAAAAAGCAGAACAAACAAGAACAAGGCACCCUGAAGAGAGAUUCAACAAUGGCACUAUUAAACAUCGAGAUUUUGCGGAUAUGUCUUCUCGUCCUUGUCGUCACAACUUUCCUAGCAGAAGCGACUCGUAAUUGUACUCCUAGAAGCAUGCCUGUAAAGAGAAAAUUCCAACAUCUUCGUCAACACUAUCAUUUUGUAGAAAAGAUAGAAAUUGCUGAAGCCGUCGAAGGCAUUCAGAUUCCUCGCCGUACAAAACGUUCUGCUUCGUCUGCGUCUAAUUCUCUCAGUGAUAAUAAAACCGGAAGUAGUCUGUGUCCUUGGAGAUGGGUGAAUGACGACGACACGACAAGGUCUCCACGUUACUUCCGGAAAGCUGAAUGUCCUGGAUGUGCACAUUACUGCCGUGCCGUCUAUUACCAUCACCGUGCCUUAUUCAAAAGAUGUGACUCAACGACUGGAAUGCGGGUAUGGAAAUGGAUUGAAAUUGCGUUACCUAUCGCAUUCUUGUACGAUCCUUAGGAAACAUACUCAUAGUCCUUACAGAUUUCAGUGCAUAUGACGUCACGGCCGCCAUCUUCGCCCGAGAGCUAUAUUGGAGUUUUUUUCGUAUUAUCCGCCAACAUAGAAGAUGUGUAACAUAAUCGCCAUACUGGUCGAUUCAUGAAGGCAAUAGUGCUAUAUUGCUAGAUAGUUCGUAUGUAUCAUCCAACAUGGUGUACGCGUGACGUCACGACCGCCAUUUUGACUUUGUUGUAUGGUCUUACUAGGU